UGAAGUGCUAAGGUCGUCCACAACGUUCUUGCUGUGUUGAAAAAUAUUAUUACCAACGUUUUUCUGCUCAACUCUUAAAGUUCGACGCUGGCAAGAAAAUUGCUCCACUGCUAAGCUCAAACCAUUUGAGGAUGCCGCAAAACCCACAUCUCACAGCGCCAUUGGACGACUACCAGAAGAUUUGUAAAGAAUAUCAUUCUUCGUUCCAGUAUGAACCACAUGUCACCUACUGCAGUCCCGUUUUUGACUCCUACCUUUGCUGGGGCCCUACUCCUGCUGGGGUGAUGGCCAGCCAGUUUUGCCCUCCAGCUAGAUUCAGUGACACUACACGAUUUGCGUUCCGCAUGUGUGAGGAGAAUGGCAUGUGGCAAGGACGACGCAAGAACGAAUCUGGAAACAUUGGCUGGACCAACUAUACUCCGUGUUUCCCACCUGAAGUCAUCGAGCUUCUUGAAAAGGUCAAGGAUAACACUCAAGCCAUGUUAUACAUAGCACAAAUCACCCGUUACAUUGAAAUAGUGGGCUUCACGUUUUCCUUCUUUACUUUAUCAGGAUCUCUUAAAGUACUGAUCUCUAACAGGUCCUUGCGUAAUACCCGGACGAAAAUUCAUAUAAACCUAUUUGUCGCGAUGUUACUACAGAUUAUAGUACGUCUCAUUUUAUACAUUGAUCAAGAAAUUGUACGGAUUUACUUUGGAGGAGGCACAACUGGCACCGGCAUAGUCAAUACGCCAAUACUAUGCGAGGUGUCCUACACAUUUCUAGAGUAUGCCAUCACGGAGAUGUUCAUAUGGAUGUUUAUUGAAGGGUGGUACUUAAACAGUGUAGUCACUUCAGACGUCCUGAAGUCAGAGAUGGCAUUUACAGUUGUGUGCUCCAUCUCCUGGGUAGGCCCGUUCUUACUGACGCUCAUGUGGGCGGCUGCGACGUUUAUACACUACGCCAAGGAAGGCGCUGCAACGUGUUGGUACGGUUAUAACUUCCUUGACAUAUACUGGAUCGUGCAAGGACCACGCUUGGCCAUAAUUAUAAUUAACCUUACUUUCAUGCUCAACAUCCUUCGGGUGCUGGUGACUAGAAUGCACAGAGACAUUCACAACGAUGCGACCCGUGUCAAGAAAGGAGUGCGCGCCAUGUUUCUGUUGCUCCCACUGCUGGGCAUCACCAACGUCUUGAACAUGACAGAGGCGCCCCUCGACGGCCCGACUUGGUAUUUCGCUACGUGGAGCUACGUCACCCACUUCUUCAGAUCCUUCCAAGGGACGAUUAUAGCCGUACUGUACUGCUUCUUGAAUUCUGAGGUGCAGGCCGUGUACAUUAAAAAAUUCAACGACUGGCGGGCGCUGCGGGAAACCAGAAGGAGGCAGGGUGAUCUACGAAGGAACGGGCGUCAUCCAAAUUUGAUUUCGGCGCUUACCCAGUAA